AACCAAUGAGAUUCAUGUCAUGGUUUUAAAGUUUUGAGAAACAAAUGAAUCAGUCAUGUGAGGGAUAGUUGUUUGUAACUCUCGUUUAUCUAUAUUUGAAAUCCUUUACAGUAUUUUUCAAUCCCUCCCUAUCUGCAUACUGGCACUUGUUGCUUUCAGGGGUUGUGAAUACCGACAAGGACCGCACAUGAUUAUCUACCUGCAUAUCUGGCCUCAUAUACAGUAAAUACUGCUUCCAGAGCAUUACUAAAGAUGUAUGAAAGGGAGUGAAACCAUGUGGCAUUGUAUGGUGUGUGCUACACUGAUCAAACAGACACGUGUUGUACAAUGACAAACAAUAGCAACAACAAGAUUUGAAAUGCAUUUCGGCAGGUAUGGCUCUGUGUGUGAGUGACAUCACACCUGUGACAUCAGCACUACAUUGUUACAUCCUCAGCUCUUGGUGCACACCAUGCUAGGUCCCGUCAGCCUGAAUGAGUCUGUUUUUGUGAUUGCGGAUUGUUAGUGACACACACACGCACAGGUUUUGCUUCCCAACGUCCUGGAGAUGAGUGGGCUGUCGUCUUUGUUGCUCUGCGCCGCGGUCCUGCAGCAGGUAGUGACGUCACGGGCCUUGACUUGCUACUACUGUCAAUUCGACCGCAAAGGGAGAGGCUGCAGCAAUUUGCAGAGCCAGUGUGUAAGCGGGGGGGCCUGCUUCACAGGGGCCGGGCUGUACGGCGGGCUGGAAGUCCUGAAGGGAAAAGGCUGCGUGGACAGGGAGCUGUGCAAUGACCUGGGCUCCACUGACUUCAGGGGAGUCACCUACACGGUGAAGUACGACUGCUGCAGACACGACCUCUGCAACAGCCGCAGCGAGCCGUCCGCCGGACAGUCCCGCGUCACUCUGCUGAUGGGUGUCGGGGUCGUUCUCUUGAGAACUUAACAAGCCUGCCUCCUCGCAGGGGCCGCUGCUAAAGUUAUUACCAGAUAAAGAAAGGGAUGUGGUUUGAAAUGAAAACGUCCCGUUCUCCUUCCUCCUCAUUCCGCGUACUGUAUGUGAGUCCCGUCCAGUCACACAUGCGCAGAGGUCAUAAGCAAUGUAUUUAUUUAAACGGGGUCUGUCAGUUGGGUAAGUGUGCGGGGUGAAACAUUCCGUUUUCAAAUUCCAUUUUAAAAAUAACCAUGGAAAGCUGCGCGAUUUGAUACCAGGUUGAACAUAACAGAACAGUGCACAUCAUAAUCACAAUUAUAACCAAAAUGAAAUAUUUUACCACUAACGAGGCGCGUUGAGGGGUCCUGCAUGCACGUGCAUUAUUUAUUUAUUUAUUUAUUUAUUUUGCUUGUCAAUCUGAACGCAGCAGGGAUUCAAGGAAAUGCAUGCACAUGGAUUAGGGAGCGGUUAACAUGUAGAAAACAGAAAGUACUGAUUAGAGGAGAAACCUCAAAAUGGAGCGAGGUAACCAGUGUCAGUCUAAGGACCUAGCAGGGACAUGCCGUAGUGCCAUGACUUCCUGAGUGCCAUUUCCAGACCAAGAGGCUGGGAAUCGGAUCGUUCACCAGGGGAACUCUUCAGAGCUUAUUGCGAGGUUAAUAAAAUGAACAUUAGCCAUUCGGUCCAACAGCUUUUAUCAGAGAGUUGACAGAGUCCAUCUACAAGCAAGAGAAUAAGAGUGUGAUCUAUACAGUACAGUGUGAACACUAAAUUAGAACUAACAGCACAAGGAUAUAUACAGUACAGUGUGGACACUAAAUUAGAACUAACAGCACAAGGAUCUAUACAGUACAGUGUGGACACUAAAUUAGAACUAACAGCACAAGGAUAUAUACAGUACAGUGUGGACACUAAAUUAGAACUAACAGCACAAGGAUCUAUACAGUACAGUGUG